UGUGUUGUGUAAAAACUCAGCUCGGCAUCAAUCUCUAUGGCACUCCUGCGAUACGAAUGAACAAGUAAAAAAAUUCUCACCUCCGCGCAACGAAAACUACGUGGCCCACUGCAACCAUGGUUCGGAUGUUUGGACUGCUUUUGACGGCCUCUGGGCCCAUUAAAUUCGGAUCAAAUGCCAUUGGAAAAAAUACGAGCACAUUUGCAGCGCUGAAAUACUGUGGGUCGACGGUGACGAAUAUGAGGUUGAAGAAAAGUUUGUUACUUGGAGGAAGAGAAGUUACCAGUUUCUCCAGAUUGCUUUCCGUCAAGCCCCCAAGAGGUUUUGAGAAGUAUUUCCCCAAGAAAAGUGAAGAUUCAGAAGAGUCUCCUGGUGUCAUGAAAUCAUGCGAUGAACCCAAAAAUGUGAACUCCAGUGAUCUCCUGCCAAGUGAAACUAGAAGAAAAUUACAUGGAGGAGACAGAGGAAAAGAAAGUGGCGGUGGACAAGGAGGGGGUGACAACGGCGGAGAUGACAACUGGUGGACCCGCAUUCAGAGGGGAGAUUUCCCCUGGGACAAGAAGACUUUCCAGCAUGUGGCUAUUGCAGCGGCUGGAAUGCUGUCCAUGUUUGUUUACUUGCACUUAAGGGAGACCGGAAAGGAGAUCUCAUGGAGAGAUUUUGUAAACCACUACCUCACUCAAGGACUGGUUGAGCGCCUAGAAGUGAUCAACAAGCAGUAUGUCAAAGUGAUCCCAGCGCCAGGAGUGAGCACCUCUGACGUGAGUUUUGUGUGGUUCAACAUAGGAAGUGUGGAGACGUUUGAACGUAACCUGGAGUCGGCACAGAACGAGCUGGGCAUGGAAUCUCCUCGCAACGUGCCAGUGGUGUACACCUCAGAGAGUGAUGGCUCUUUCCUGAUGAGCCUGCUCCCUACCGCACUUCUAGUCGGUUUCCUGCUCCUCACUCUGAGGCAAGGGCCAAUGAUGGGAGGCCGUGGGGGCGGGGGCGGUGGGGCCCGGAACAACAAUCCCUCCAGCAUGAGUGAAUCCAAAGCCAAGAUGAUAAAGGGCAACAUCAGCGUCAGGUUUAAGGACGUGGCUGGCUGUGAAGAGGCCAAAGUGGAGAUCAUGGAGUUGGUCAACUUCCUGAAAAGCCCUAAACAAUACCAGGACCUGGGAGCCAAAAUCCCCAAGGGGGCUGUGCUAUCAGGACCCCCGGGGACUGGGAAGACUCUACUGGCCAAAGCUAUGGCUGGAGAGGCAGAUGUUCCCUUUAUCACGGUCAACGGCUCUGAGUUCCAGGAGGUGUAUGUGGGAGUUGGACCAGCUAGGAUGAGAGACAUGUUCAAUAUGGCCAGGAAGAACGCUCCAUGUAUUCUCUUCAUCGACGAGAUCGACGCAGUGGGCAGAAAACGGGGCAGAGGAGAGUUUGGUGGGCAGAGUGAGCAGGAGAACACCUUGAACCAACUGCUGGUGGAGAUGGAUGGCUUCAACACCAGCACCAACGUGGUCGUCUUGGCAGGAACCAAUCGAGUGGACGUCUUGGACCCCGCUCUGUUGAGGCCUGGCAGGUUCGACAGGCAGAUUUAUAUUGGUCCACCUGACAUCAAAGGCAGAGCGUCAGUCUUUAAGGUGCACCUGCGUCCACUGAGGCUGGACUCCAGUAUAGACUCAGAUGCCCUCGCCAGGAAGCUUGCUGCUUUAACCCCUGGCUUCACUGGUGCUGACAUAGCUAAUGUGUGCAAUGAAGCAGCACUCAUUGCUGCCAGACAUCUCAACAAAGCAAUCCAGGCUAAGCACUUUGAACAUGCCAUAGAGAGAGUUAUUGGAGGCCUGGAGAAGAAGACCCAGGUCCUUCAGCCCACUGAGAAGACCACCGUGGCCUACCAUGAGGCCGGCCAUGCUGUGGUGGGCUGGUUCCUGGAGCAUGCUGACCCCCUUCUCAAGGUGUCAAUCAUUCCUCGGGGUAAAGGCCUUGGUUACGCACAGUACCUGCCAAAGGAGCAGUACCUGUUCACCCGGGAGCAGCUGUUUGACAGGAUGUGCAUGAUGCUGGGAGGUCGCGUAGCAGAGCAGGAGUUCUUCGGCAGGAUCACCACAGGUGCCCAGGACGACCUGAGGAAGGUCACGCAGUCUGCCUAUGCACAGAUAGUGCAGUUUGGCAUGAACGACUCGCUGGGUCAGAUGUCCUAUGACCUGGCCCGGCCAGGGGAGCUGAUGUCCGAGAAACCGUACAGCGAGGCCACCGCGCAGCUCAUCGACCAAGAAGUGCGCCAGCUCAUCGAAAAGGCCUUCGUCAGGACACAGCAGCUCAUCACCGACAAGCGGGACUUGGUGGAGAAGGUGGGUAAACGCCUCCUGGAGAAGGAAGUGCUGGACAAAGGGGACAUGCUGGAACUACUGGGGCCAAGACUCUGUGAGGAGAAGUCCUCCUACGAGGACAUUGUUGAGGGCACGGGCACUUUGGAGGAGGACACUAGUCUACCAGAAGGCUUGAAAAACUGGAAUCGGGAGAAAGAAGAUCCCCCACAGCAGCUUAAAGAAGCUGUAUUCUAGACGGGCAUACAGCAUGUGUGGUUUCGUGUUGUGUGGGCUUGGCUUCAGAACUUGGAGCCUGGCCUCCCUCCAGCAGGGUCAGCAUAGUGCUAUGGGGAUAUAUAUACGGUACUCAAGGUACUCUGUAUGGCAGGAGCCAGGGUGGUAAGAGGCUUUGGUUUCAAAGCUGACCUGCUUCCCUAGAUGGACACUUCAAUUCCACUGACCCGGAAUGUGCAAUCAUCUUUUUUUUUAUUGUUAUUCAGGUGCUGAAUAGUACAAUAAUGUCCAUGUUUAAAGUGGAAUAUUGUGCUUUGAAGAUUGAGGUGUGAAUCAUAUCAUGCCUUGCCUUAUAACACAUGAGUGUUAGUGGUCACAACACUUUGUAAAUAAGCUUGAUGAAGUGGUCGUUCUGAUAUUGCGAAGAACUGUGUUGUGUUGAACAAGCAACUAAAAGAAAUACUGUAAGACUGUUGGCCUGCUGUGUUGCCUGCUUUGCAAAAAAUGUGUAAGUGAACCAUGCAGUCUGUAGUGAGUGUGUUUGUGUGAGUACAUACUGUAUGUACGUUGUAUGCGUGUAUGUACAUAUGAGUGCGUGUCUGUAUGCAGGCACAUACAGCAGACAGAUGUAUGUAAUGCCCCGAUUCAGACAUAGAGGAGACUAUUUUGCCUGUCAUUCUGUAAUUACAGGCAAAAUGUUUGGUGGUGCUACGAUAGCCAACAAUGUGUUUGUCACUUUAGAUGCGCCUCUUAUGUGUCUAAUUGUAGACACCUGCUGGCACCAAGAUGUACAUUUGAAUUGAAUUCUGGUGUCUUUUAUUAAAUAUGCUCCCCUGGUUUCUGACUUCCAGCGCUUUGCAUUCCAGCUGGAAAGACUUGGGUUUCUCUGCUGUUAAUCCAAGUGCAGUCCAUUGAGGUUUUUUUCCAGUAAUUUGUUACUGUUCAUGCUCCAGUGGAAAAAAAAGCUGCGGAGACAGCUUUAUCUGUGAAUAAAAAAAAAGUAAUUUGUACUUUAAAACGAGAAAAGGCUUGAUAUCGCUGAAGGAUAAUGUUGUGCAUUAAUAAAAAUUAAGUUAUCAACAUUGCCA